AUGAGCGAUAAUUAUGUAAAUAUUGAUAAAGAAAACGUCAUCCUCCGCGAGGAUAAUUCUAUAGAAUGGGAGGAUGAUGACGUUGUUUGUUUGAAACGUAUCAAAGCGGACGACGAGAAGUUGAAGAAAAAGCGCGUUGAGCGGAAAGAUACCAAAGAAGAGAGUGAAAAAAAGGGAGAAAGUUUGAUCGAAAAGGCGGCAAACAUGCAAUCUUCCGACACAGAGAGUGUCGCCGAGAUGAGCCUCCCCGAAGUAAGAAAACUUCGAGAGAUCAACAGAAAGUUGAUGACUCAGCCAGAGGGAAUCGCUUUCAAUGUCCCAGUUGAUCCAGACGCUCUUCAAAUACCCACAUAUUUCAGUGUCAUUAAAUCACCAAUGGAUCUUGGGACGAUCAAAAAGAAUUUGAGCGAUAAGAAGUACCUGACCAAAGAGGAAUUUUACAAAGAUGUCAAACUGACUUUCAACAACGCAAAGGUAUUCAACCACCCGGAUAGCGACGUCUAUAAGUGGGCUGUUAAGUUGGACAAAAUGUUUGAUGGUUUCUGGAAACUGGCUUUCGAUGACAAAAAAGUGGUGGUUGAGAAGAAAAUGGUUGAAACCCCACACGAACAAGCCAGAAGCAUUGCCAAGGAGAGCACAGGAACAUCAAGGAAUAAAUCAAGAAGUAAGAAGAUAAACCCCGAUAAACCACUUACGUUCGAGGAAAAGAAAAAGUUGGCCGAAGACCUUCAACACAUCAGCAAAGAUAAAGAAAAGUUGGACGAAGUAUUAGCGGUUCUUGACUUGGCGAAAACAGGAAAGAGCAAAGUCUCAAUAAAGUUGAACAACCUCUCCACCACACAACAAAGAGAAUUACAGAGAAUUAUGAAGGGUAAGGGUAGAAAAGAACAGAACACAAAGAUGACAAUGGAGGAGAGAAAGCAGCAAGCCUCUGAGAGGCUAGAAAAACUCCAACCCCAGACCGAACAGAAAAAGGUGCAACCCAAAGCAGGCAAGAAACAUGACUCGGACUCUGAAAGCGAAAACGAGUUAUCGUCUUCUGAUUCGAUUGAUUCUGAAGAGGCAAACUUGAUACGAAUGUCAAAGACCAAAUGA